GAUUUGUAUUAAUGAUUUAUAAUUGCAAAUUAUUAAAAUGUCUUGUUCUUCGUAAAAGUUUCUUUCCACAUUAAUGAAUUUAUUUAUAAUUUAAAUUUAAGUGUAUUUUUAAUAAGGGAAACCAUAAGUCUGUAAGUGAACAUGGCCGAUUUCCUAGAAUCAGAGGCAGAGGAGAGCGAGUUGGAUUCUGAGGAUGAACAACCAGCCGAACGCAAAAAACCAAAGCGUAAAGCUGCAGUACAAAGUGACGACGAAGACGAAGAAGAAGAAGAUGAUGAAGAGCGUCUCAGAGAGGAACUGAAGGAUCUUAUAGAUGAUGCUCCUAUUGAAGAGUCAGGCAGUGAUGGUGAAGACUCAGAUGCAAGUGUAGGGCCUAAGAAAAGAAAGAAAAGUGAUGAUGAAUUAGAUGAUAGACUUGAAGAUGAAGAUUACGAUUUAAUUGAAGAGAAUUUGGGUGUGAAAGUUGCUAGAAAUAAAUUCAAACGUCUCAGACGUCUAGAAGAUGAUGACAGUGACAAUGAGGGUGCAGAUGACCCUGAUUUGGAGAGAGAAGUUAUUGCUGAAAAACUCUUUGUUGGAGGAUCAGAUGAGGAGGAUGAAAACCGCUCAGAAUCAGCCGCACCAAGAGAGGUGGAAUAUGAUGAUGAAAAUGAGGAUAUGGAGUCAGACGCUGAUGACUUCAUUGUUGAUGAUGAUGGUAGACCCAUUGCAGAACGGAAGAAGAAGCGGAAGCCUAUAUUUACUGAUGCAUCACUGCAAGAAGGUCAAGAUAUAUUUGGAGUGGACUUUGACUAUGAUGAAUUUGAAAAAUAUGGUGAAGAGGAUUAUGAGGAUGAGGAGGACGAAGAUUUGGAUGAAUAUAUUGAAGAUGAAGAAGAAGAAGGUGAAAGACGUAGAACUAAAAAGGGAAAACCAAAACGGCCAAGCAAGAAGUCUAUAUUUGAGAUUUAUGAGCCAAGUGAAUUGAAGAGAAGUCAUUUCACUGAUUUGGACAAUGAGAUUCGUAAAACAGACGUCCCUGAGCGUAUGCAAAUACGCGACGUACCGAUAACAGCAGUGGAGGAAGGUAGCACGGAGUUGGAGGAUGAAGCGGAAUGGAUUUAUAAGCAGGCGUUCUUGAAACCACCCGUGUCGAAAGCGGAUGCGCAAGAGGCUAGGGAUAGGUCGAGGCGAGGUUCAAGUACUGUAGUGAAGAUUCGGCAAGCGUUGGACUUCAUGCGAAACCAGACAUUGGAAGUACCGUUCAUAGCGUUUUAUAGAAAGGAGUAUGUUCAACCAGAGUUGAGCAUUAAUGAUCUGUGGAAGGUGUAUAAAUAUGAUGCUAAGUGGUGUCAACUGAAACAGCGCAAGGAGAAUCUGCUAAAACUGUUGGAGAACAUGCGAGAGUUUCAGCUCGAUAAAGUUAUGGCGGACCCGGAUGCGCCCAUACCAGAUACCAUGAGACUCAUUAAAGAUGAAGAUAUUGAAAGACUGAAAAACGUGCAAACACCGGAGGAACUGCGCGACGUGCACACACACUUCCUGUUGUACUAUUCGCACGACCUGCCCGAGAUGCAGAAAGUGCAACGCGCGAAAGAGAAGAAGAGACAAAUUGAGGAGAAGAAGAAACAAGCGCGCGAAGAAGCCGAGAAGAACGGCGAGGAUCCAGACGAAGCAGCCGCAGCAGUAGAAGCUGCGCUCCCCGACGAGGAGGAGACGACGGAGGUGAAGUACGCGGUGCGAUCCGGCCCGUACGAGCUGUGCAGGAAGGCGGGGCUCGAGCCGCUGGUGCGCAAGUUCGGCCUGUCGGCGGAGCAGUUCGCGGAGAACGUGCGCGACAACUACCAGCGGCACGAGGUGGAGCAGCCGCCCGUGCCGCCGCUCGACGCCGCGCAGGAAUAUACGGGCCCCGACGGGUCGGCCGCGGAAGCCGUGCGGCGCGCGGUGUACAUGUGCGGCGUGCAGCUGGCCCGCGAGCCGCUGCUGCGCGCCACGCUGCGGGACGCGCUGCGCGAGCGGGCCACGCUCACCGUGCGCCCCACCGCCAAGGGGCUCAAGAUGAUCGACGAGACGCAUGGCUGCUGCAGUUUGAAAUAUCUUAAAAAUAAGCCAGUUAGAGACUUGACUGGAGAUCAAUUUUUGAAACUAAGUAUGGCUGCAGAGGAUAAAUUAUUGGAGAUCAGAAUUAGUGAAAAUAUUGAAGGCAAUACUAGUUCCAAUUACUUGGAAGAACUAAAACAGCUGUAUCAAAAGGACGAAUUCGCGGCCACUGUACAAGCGUGGAACGACCUCCGUGCGGAAGCGGUGACGCUGGCCUUAACAAAGAUCGUUAUGCCAGAAUUGCGGCGUGAAUUACACGCUCAAUUGUUACAGGAGUCUAAGGAUUAUGUGCUCAAGUGCUGUCGACGACGUCUCUAUGAUUGGUUGAAAGUUGCUCCGUAUGAAUCGCGUAUUUCAGAAGAUGAUGAUGACGAAUGGGAUGCGUCUAAUGGUGUGCGCGUGGUGUCUAUAGCGUACGUCCCGGAGCGGUCACAAUGCGCGUUCGCGUGCGCAGUGGUCGGCGGCGGCGAAGUGGCGGACCACCUGCGCCUGCCGCACCUGCUGUGCCGCCGCAACGCGUGGGACCCCAUCGAGCGCCGCAACAAGGAGGGCGACCUCACCGCGCUGCGCAGAUUUAUUCUACGCAAAAAACCUCACGUAAUUGUAAUUGGCGGUGAGUCUCGAGAGGCGUUGAAUAUUAAAGCUGACGUGUCCGAAUGCAUUCAACAGUUGAUUGAAGACGAACAGUUCCCUAGAAUUCCCAUAGAAAUUGCUGAUAAUCACGUCAGCAAAAUUUACAGCAACAGCAUACGAGGAAAGAAUGACUUCAGAGAAUAUCCCGACAUACUCAGACAAGCGAUAUGCCAAGCGCGCUUAUUGCAAGAUCCUCUCAUGGAAAUUUCACAGCUCUGUGGACCAGACGAGGAAAUUCUUUGUCUAAGAUACCAUACGCUACAAGACCAACUGAAUAAAGAGGAUCUACUUGAAGGAAUCGAAUUAGAAUUUGUGAACAGGGUUAAUGAAGUCGGUGUGGAUGUCAACGAAGCAGUGUUAACUGGUCGAGGAACGGAACUUCUACAGUUUGUUUGUGGUCUUGGACCAAGAAAAGCACAAGCGCUCAUCAAACUGUUCAAGCAAACGAAUCAAAAGCUGGAAAAUCGAACGCAAUUAGUCACAGUAUGUCACAUGGGACCUAAAGUGUUCAUCAAUUGUUCAGGGUUUAUCAAAAUAGACACGAAUAGUCUUGGCGACAGUACGGAAGCGUAUAUAGAAGUGCUAGACGGUUCUAGAGUGCAUCCAGAAACGUAUGAGUGGGCGAGAAAAAUGGCGGUGGACGCUUUGGAAUAUGAGGAUGAAGAUGCAAAUCCUGCUGGAGCGUUGGAAGAAAUUCUCGAAGCACCUGAAAGAUUAAAAGAUCUAGAUCUGGAUGCUUUCGCUGAAGAAUUGGAACGACAAGGUUUCGGCAAUAAGAGCAUAACGUUAUACGAUAUUCGUGCAGAAUUGAACUCUAGGUAUAAGGAUCUUAGGGUUCCAUAUCGAUCGCCGACACCUGAAGAAUUGUUUGAUAUUCUUACGAAGGAAUCACCUGAAACUUUCUAUGUAGGCAAAAUGGUGUUAGCCACUGUUGUUGGAAUAACUCAUAGGAAACCACAAAGAGAAAUGCUGGAUCAGGCCAACCCUGUAAGAAAUGAUGAGACUGGUCUGUGGGAGUGUCCCUUCUGUCACAAGAACGAUUUCCCUGAAUUAUCUGAGGUAUGGAACCAUUUCGACGCGGGCGCGUGUCCGGGCCAAGCGACGGGCGUCCGGAUCCGACUCGACAACGGGCUCUCCGGCUACAUACACAUCAAGAACCUGUCCGACCGACACGUGACGGAUCCGACGGAGCGCGUGCGCAUCGGACAGACGAUACACUGUAGAGUGCUCAAGAUAGACGUGGAACGGUUCUCCGUGGACUGCUCGUCGAAGUCCUCCGAUCUGUUGGAUAAGAAUAAUGAGUGGAGACCGUCAAAAGAUCCGUACUACGACCAAGAAUCAGAAGAAAAGGACAUACGGAAGGACAAAGAGAGCAAGCAGACCAAGGAGCGGAUGCAGUAUGUGAAGCGAGUUAUAGUGCACCCUUCAUUCAGGAAUAUUUCUUUUGUGGAGGCUGAGAAACUGAUGGAGAAGAUGGCGCAAGGAGAGGUCAUUGUUAGGCCGAGUAGUAAGGGUUCAGAUCAUCUCACGGUGACUUGGAAAGUUGCGGAAGGUAUAUGCCAACACAUUGAUGUUCGAGAGGAGGGAAAAGAAAACGCAUUCUCGUUGGGUCGCAGUCUUUGGAUACAAGGGUCGGAAUUUGAAGAUUUGGAUGAAAUUAUAGCACGAUACGUGACUCCGAUGGCGGGACACGCGCGAGAUCUCAUUGCGUACAAAUAUUACAAGCCCCUCGGCGGCAUGAGAGACAAGGCUGAAGAGUUGCUCAAGGAGGAAAAAUCUAAGAACGCCAAUAAGAUUCAUUACGUCAUUUCGGCGGCUAAAAAUCACCCGGGCAGAUUCUUACUAUCGUAUCUGCCCAGAAACAAGUGCACGCACGAGUACGUGUCGGUAACGCCGGACGGUUACAAAUUCAGGCAGCGAAUGUUCGACUCGCUGGGCAGCUUGCUCAAGUGGUUCAAGGAGCACUUCCGCGACCCGCCGCCGAGCGGCACGCCCGCGCAGCGGACGCCCGCGCUGCGCACGCCGCACGGCGGCAUGACGUCCGCCAUGUACCACACGCCGGCCGCGCACACGCCCGCCUUCCACACGCCCGCGCACACGCCCGGCCCCGCCUACAUCAACACGCCGUACACGCCCUCCGCGCAGACGCCGUACAUGACGCCGUUCGCGACCACGCCGCGCCAGCCCGACUUCCUGACGCCCGUGGUGCCGCGCCACAAGCCGGCACCCGCGUACACGGAGCCGUCCGACUGGCAGAAGGCGGCCGAGGACUGGGUGCGGCACCGCACGCGCGACACGCCGGGCACGCCGGGCACGCCGGGCACGCCGCGCGCGGGCCGCACGCCGCGGGGCGACGCGCGCGCCACGCCGCGGGACGCGCGCGCGCACGGCUCGGGCCGCUCGUCGCGCGCGCACUCGGCGCGCUCCACGCCGCACACCAACACGUCGCCGCGCUCCAUGUCGCUCGGGGACGCCACGCCGCUCUACGACGAGAACUAGAACGAAGACUGAUGGAAAAUUUUUAUUUUUGUACGCACGUCCGCCGCUCGCGUUCCGGCUUCGACGGGCUCUCUCGCGCGGUCUCCGCGCGCCCUUCGACCCCCGUACGACGCCUGCGGACGCGAAUAGUUAGCGAUGUUUCUCACCGACGGAAUCGCGGCACUCGCGUAGAUAGAUAAAUAAACUAAUAUCUGUUACCGUUUCCAUAGUAGCGGUUUGUGUCCAUGUUUAUUGUAUUUAGUGUGACGAUUGUAUAUUUUAACGCUACCAAGUUAUUUGGUAACAUGUAGUGAUCGACGACGGUUACGUUUCUCGGGCAAAUGUAUUUAACCAUAAAGCGUCAUUUAAAAUGUAAUAGAGAAUGCCUUACGACGGUUAGUGACUCGGUUCAUCAAAUAAUUUAUUCAUGGCUAACGCUAGCGGGAACUGUAAUAAAGAUUACGACGUAAAUGUA